AAAUGCAAGAAAUACACAAAAUAACGAAUGGUUAUUAAAUGGAUCAAAUGGACAUAAGGCACCUGUAUUAUGUUUUAAAUGUUCCGCUUUAGCUACGCCGCCAGAAGAUCCACCUGCGAAACAGCUACACAUGGCUUAUAAGAUCUUUCAAACAGACACUAAACUCGUCAAUCUUUUGCUGCAAUCACAUGGUUUUGUAGAGGUGCCUAUGCAUGAGAUGGAUUUUAAUAUAUUGUGGAUGGGAAAUCAUCCUAAGCCAGAUGUUUUGCGGAAUUUAAUGCCUUAUCAAAAAGUGAAUCAUUUUCCUAGAUCUUACGAAAUCACCCGUAAAGAUCGUCUUUACAAAAACAUCGAAGCUAUGCAGAGGAGAAAGGGGCUUCGAAAUCUUGAUUUUAUACCUCAGACUUUUCUGUUGCCCACUGAAGCCAAAGAAUUGAUUUCGGCGCAUUUCAGAUAUAGAGGUCCAUGGAUUGUUAAACCUAAAGCCAGUUCACGAGGCCGUGGUAUUUACAUUGUUAAUAAUCCUGAGAAGAUCUUGACGGAUGAAUCGGUUAUUGUGGCACAAUACAUAAAUAACCCGCUUUUAGUUGAUGGACACAAGUGCGAUUUGCGUCUCUACGUAGCUGUAACGAAUUACGAUCCUCUGCUAAUUUAUUUAUACGAAGAAGGUUUAGUGAGAUUUGCAGCUGUUAAAUAUGACGGCGGAAACCAAUACAUCUGGAAUCCUUGCAUGCAUCUUUGCAAUUACAGUAUAAACAAAUUUCACGUGGAUUACGUAAAGAGUGAAGAUCCUGACGCCGAAAAUAUAGGACACAAGUGGACAUUGUCAGCAUUGCUCAGACACUUGCGUUCAAUGGGUCAAGACACAGAAUCGCUAAUGCAACGAAUAGAAGAUAUUAUUAUAAAGUCAAUCCUUGCUACUGCAUCUGGAAUUGUCAGUGGUUUAAAGCAAUUCGUGAAACAUCCUGAUACAUGUUUUGAACUAUUUGGCUUUGAUAUACUAAUUGAUGAUACGCUGAAGCCGUGGUUACUGGAAGUAAAUUUAACUCCUUCAUUGGGAUGCGAUUCACCAUUAGACGUUAGACUUAAGUCAGCUUUAAUAGCAGAUUUAUUUACUCUUAUUGGCAUACCUGCUGUUGAUCCAAUUCUACGUUCUCAAAAUUUAAAUCGUGCUGCCGUUAAUUCCAAUAAAAAGAUUAGUUAUAGAAGAGUACAGUCUGCAGAAAUAUUACCUCAGGAAAAACAGAAGAAUAUUAAUAGAAGUAAUAAAAAUAAAAGUCUAAGUUUAGAGCAACAACGAAUAAUAGCAUCUGCAAAAGCACAAUUCGAGAGAAGAGGUGGAUUUGUCAGAAUAUUUCCAAGUCCAAAAUCUUGGGAACUUUACUCACAAUACUUGGAUCCAAUUACAGGUGUACCAAUGAUAUCGGAUCCGCUUGGUCCAAGGAGAUUACCGCAACGUUAUAAUGCAAAUCAUAAUCUAAUGUUACAUGAACAAUUGUUUCCUGUUGCUAAUCGUAAUACUGGUUAUAUUAUUCCAGAGAUAACAUUAGACAGGUUAUCUAGAUACGAACGAUACGAAAGAGCAUUGGUAAAAGGUCACAAACAAACUUUGGAUAGAAGGAAUAAUAAGGAAAAUUUGGAUAUAGAUAUGCACAAAUAUAAAAGCCAAGUAAUACAAUCAAUGCAAGAAGGCAACAAACUUAGUCCUGGUGAAGCAAGGAAAGCUUUUGGUUUAUAUUUAAGCUACAUAUUACGAAAAAUAUCACAGCCUAAUGCAGAUCCAGCAUGUUGUGAUCUUAUUAUGAAAUUUCUUCAACAUUCAUCAUGCAAUUUGAGGACGCCAUUUCUAUUUACAUUACCAUGCAAUAAAUUGAGUACGAAAGAUCGAGCUGCCAUUACCGCAAAACAACUUUCCGAUUUUUUGCAUCUAUAUAACAGAGAAACGGAUCUUUAUGAAGAUACGGUAGAUCGGCCUCGUACUGUUUCCAAUAAACUCUUUCAGAAGUUUUUAGCUGCAGCAAGCGAACAAGAUCUCGACGAUGUGCUAAUUCUGCAAACUCGCCUUUAUAAAUGUACUCACAGUUUCUUAGGAAAAAGCGGUUUUGCUGGUACUCUGAGGGGUGCUAAUCUUCUCGGAUCUCUACCUCAUAUUACAUCUCGAAUAUAUUCCAAUGUUGCUGCAACAGGGCAGUGUAGAUGUAACAAUUCAAUUAAUAGAUAAUGUUAUUACAUUGUAGAAUUUAUUACAAAUUUAUGCAAAAGAAAAAAAGAAGAUAGAAAAAGGCAAGAGGAAAAAUGAAAUAGAGAAGAAGAGAGAAAAGUAAAAAGAAAAAGGAAAAAAUAGAGAAAAGAAAAAGAAAAAAGCGAGUUACACACACGGACACACACAAAUACAUAUUUAAUUAUGUAAUUAUAAUUAACAUUCCUAGUCUAUUAGAGUAACAUACGUAUGUUCUUUAAGGUUGUUAGGUAUAUUAAUUGGUAUAUUAAGAUAUUUUAAUACCAAUGACUAUUAUACUCUUGUGAGCUGAUAUACAUAUAUAUAUACAUAUGUAUUAUAUAUCUUAAUUAUAUAUAAUAUUUAAAAUAUAGUCACAAAGGAAAAUAUUUUGGGUACGCUCUAAGGCAUUUUAAUAUUUGUUAAUGUGCAACGAGUUAAUAUAAUAUAUUUAUGCAAGUGAUAUAUAGUUCUUCAAAAAAGCAAGAGAAAUUGCUGACUAUAUCAUUAAUAUUGCUAGAAGCAAUAAUAAUUAACUAGACAUGAUCACUAAAAUCUAUGAUAGAAUGUUCUUAUUCUAUCUCGCAUUAUUCUGACUAUUAUUCUACAUCAACUAGUAUUCAAAACUCGAAAAGUAUGUAUUCCCAAGAAUCCUCAAAAAAUAUUUUUUCCUUGGAGAAACUUAAAGGAAAUUUUCAUGGAUUUUUAUUGGAACUGAAGAAUUAAAAAAAAGUUAUUUCUUUGAUGAUUUUGCCUUUUUAUUUUUAUUGUAAAUGAUCAGCAAUCCACUGAUCGGCUAAAUUGUUAAUUAAUAAAGCGAUACGGCAGCAUAUCCAUAUGUGAUUUGCGAAUUUGCGGAACAUGAUCUUCAUUAUAAUCCUGUUUCAUUGUAAUU